AUGGGUGCUACUGGCUCUAAACACGUUACAAAUGCUGCUCAGAUUGCUACCGUCUUUAACGGAGACUCUAAAAAGAAUACUGUGACUCCCGAGGAUGUUGCUUCCUGGAAAAAGUGGGACUACAUUAUUGUAGGUGGAGGUAGCGCAGGGUGCGUUCUUGCCCACAGGCUAUCAGAAGACCCAAAUGUUUCGGUGCUCGUAAUCGAAGCAGGCAAAGAUUGCCUGGAUCAACUUUUCUCCCGUAUCCCAUUGACCUUUGGGCGACUCUUCAAGACCGAAGCCGACUGGGCCUACACCACCAAACCUCAAUCCACACUCGAUGGCCGUUCUCUCUUUUGGCCUCGUGGCAAGAUGCUCGGCGGGUGUUCGUCCAUCAACGCCAUGGUCUACACCCACGCCGCUCCGUCAGAUUACGACGACUGGGCUGUCGAAGGUUGGACGUACGAAGACUUGAAGCCCUACUUCCGCAAAGCCGAAAAGUUCACGCCCCAUGUUGGACACCCGCUCGUGGACCCAUCUCACCGUGGUGACCAGGGUCACUGGAAGACUGGGUAUUCGUACUUUGCUGACACCUGUCGCCUCUGGAUCGAAUCGUGCAAGCAAGUCGGAAUUCCAUACAACCCGGAUAUCAACACGCCUGCAGGAACCAUCGGUGUAUCUGAGAUCGUCUCUCACGUGGAUCCUCAAGGACAACGAAGCUCGACCUCGACUGCCUAUUUACCCAAAUCCGUCCUAGAACGACCCAAUCUGACCGUGUUGAUCGAUACCCGCAUCACUCGUUUGCUUUUCGACACGUCCAACCCCGAUGAGCCGCGGGCGGUCGGCGUUGAGAUCGCGCAGAGUGCUAAUGGGAGCAGGUAUCGCAUUGCAGCUUCCAAGGAAGUAAUUCUUUCAGCUGGAGCCAUCGGGACUCCCCAGAUCCUCUUGGCAUCAGGCGUUGGCCCCAAGGACGUUGUGCAGAAAGCCAGCGUACAGGUUCUCAAGGAGAGCAACCACGUUGGACGAAACCUAUACGAUCACUUGCUUUCGUGCGUGAUCUUCCGAGCAACAGAAUCCUUGGACUAUCUUGGUACCACGUCUGGAAGUCUUCUUCCUCUUGCAAAGUGGCUUGCAACUGGUACUGGGCCCCUGACAAGUAACCUCUGUGAGGGUGGACUUUUUAUCCGGACUGACGAUCCCAAAAUCUUUGGUCCCAACCCUGCACACAUCGAAGACACCACCUCGGGACCGAAUGCGCCGAACCUUGAAAUGGCUUGUGCGCCUCUAACGUUCGCCGAGCACGGCUUCAAGUCGGCUCCACCAGGCGAAAAGGCAUUUACAAUGGCACCUGUGCUGCUUCGUCCAAAGAGCUCAGGGUUCAUCACUAUCUCUUCUGGCAAUGUCUGGGACAACGCAGUCAUCGAACCCAACUACUUUGCCGAUCCCAAUGACAUCAAGACCCUGGUCCAGGGCGUUCGUCUCGCACUCAAGAUUGCACACACGAAACCUCUCGCAGACAAACUGAUUUUCCGACCUAACACCGACACGUCGAGUGUGUUCUUCAUGGGCGACCAAGACCCCGCGACGAUCACCGAUGCGGAAAUCGAGGCUUGGCUCCGUCGUGAGGCUCAGACGAUCUAUCAUCCUGUUGGAACUGCCAAGAUGGGCUCGUCGAUCGAGAAUAGCGUGGUGGAUUCGCAGCUCCGUGUGCAUGGCGUCAAGGGCCUCCGUGUAGUCGAUGCGUCGAUGUUCCCGAAACAGUUGUCGGCCCAUCCGGUUGCGGGUAUAGUUGCCAUUGCGGAGAGGGCUGCGGAUCUGAUUAAGCGUGGUGCUUGA